AUGGACAAUCAUACCACAGUGAGCACAUUCCUUCUGUGGGGACUUUCCAGUUUUCCAGACCUGCAAGAUCUCUCCUUCGUGAUGAUUUUCUUCUCCCAUGUGACCAUCCUAGUUGCAAAUGUGUCCAUAAUGGUGGCCAUCAAGCUCAAUCACAAUCUUCACACCCCCAUGUACUUUUUCCUCUGUGGUUUGUCCUUUUCAGAAACCUGUACCACUAUGGUAAUCAUCCCCCGCAUGCUAGUGGACUUGCUAUCAGAAAGCAAGACCAUUUCUCUUCCUGAGCGUGCUACACAGAUGUUUUUCUUCUUUGGAUUGGGAGCUAACAACUGCUUACUCUUGGCUGCCACGUCCUAUGACCAUUACACUGCUAUUCACAACCCGCUGCACUACACCAUCUUGAUGACCCAAAAGAUCUGCUUUCAGCUCAUGACAGCUUCUUGUGUUACUGGGAUUGUGGUGUCACUGUGCAUUGUCCUUGUAGUAUUCAACUUGUCAUUCUGUGACUCCACCAUCAAGCACUUUUUUUGUGACAUUACAUCUGUAGUCUCCCUUGUCUGUGAUUACACCUUUUUUCAGAAAAUGGUUCUUCUUGGCUUCACUGCCUUUGUUUUGGUGGGGAGCUUUAUUUUCAUUAUGAUUUCCUGUGUCUUCAUUGGGUCCAUAGUUAAGAGGAUGCCAUCUGCCCAGGGGAGGUAUAAGGCCUUCUCAACUUGCUCCUUCCACCUCACUGUGUUGUGCAUACACUAUGGAUUUGCUGGCUUUGUCUAUCUGAGACCCAAGGACAGUGACUCAUUCCGUGAAGAUAUGCUGAUGGCUCUGACAUAUACAGUACUGACACCUCUGCUUAAUCCCAUUGUUUACAGUCUAAGAAACAAACAUAUGAAAAUAUUCCUAAAGAAAGUACUAGGCAAUAUAUGUAGGUUUUCCCCUAGAUGGUAA